AUGUGUUAUACAAGCAGGCAACAAUUUCUUGAAGGGAAAAGAAGCUACCGAUUUAUUGUUUUCAAGAUCGAGGAAAGGAUUCAACAAUUGACAGUCGAGAAGCUGGGGCAACCUCAGCAAAAAAACUACGACGAUUUUACCGCCAGUUUGCCGGCCAACGAGUGUCGAUAUGUUGUCUAUGAUUUUGAUUUCACAACUAAUGAGAAUGUCCAGAAGAGCAAAAUUUUCUUUAUUGCAUGGGCGUCUGAUGAGUCAAAGGUGAGAAGUAAAAUGCUAUAUGCUAGCUCAAAGGACAAAUUCAGAAGAGAGCUUGAUGGGGUUCAAGUAGAGUUGCAAGCUAAGGACCCCGGUGAGAUGAGCUUAGACAUUGUUAAAGGCCGAGCCCUUUCAGGGGCUAUCUUUAAUUGA